UUUGCGUCGUUGUGGCCCGCGCCCUUUUGGGCGUAUCCCUUUUGAAAUUUCUCGAAUUUCAUUUUGGUAACUUUUAUUUGGGGAAAUGAUGAGAGAGAAUUAAUUAUAGAUAGAGAGGAAAUUGGGAAUAUUGAAUUUUAGCUUUGUUGGUUCUUCUACUAAUUUUUACUUUUCUUUCUAUUUUUUUUUCCGUUUUUUAAGUUUUUUUGCUAUUUUAGAUUUAUUCUUUUUUAAAUAGUAUUGAGAAAUGGCGCCCAAAUUUGAUCCUACUGAAAUUAAAAUUAUUUAUCUUCGUUGUGUUGGAGGUGAAAUUGGUGCGACUUCAGCUUUAGCACCAAAAGUUGGACCGUUAGGAUUGUCGCCAAAGAAAAUUGGAGAAGAUAUUGCAAAGGCGACCCAAGACUGGAAAGGCUUAAAGGUUACUUGCAAAUUGACUAUCCAAAACCGAAUUGCCAAAAUUGAUGUUGUGCCGUCUGCCGCUUCUCGAAUUGUGAAGGAAUUGAAGGAACCUCACCGGGACCGCAAAAAAGUCAAACACGUAAAACACAGCGGAAAUUUGACGAUCGAGCAAAUUAUCAACAUUGCACGGCAAAUGCGACCUCGUUCAAUGGCGAAAAAAUUGGAAGGGACUGUUAAGGAAAUUCUUGGCACUGCACAAUCUGUUGGGUGUACUGUUGAUGGGCAACAUCCACAUGAUAUUGUUGAUGCAAUCCGAGGUGGAAAAAUUGAAAUUCCUGAAGAGUAG